AUGAGCCGUGAUUUGGAGCAGGUAGUUGACCUUAGGGAUGUAACGGCUUUGGAUGCUGAUGCUGCUGGGAAUAUAUACACCCUUCAGCGACAGGAGGACGGGCAAGUCGGAAUUGUCGUCCUAGACGGGCGCCAUGAGGUGCUGGAGGCGCAGCAGCGACAGGGCUCACUGCAGGCGCCUGCACGUAUCACAUCGCCUGCUGCAACCAACUUCGUACGCACUCACCCCGCCAUUGACUUCGAUGUGCGGGGUUUGCAAGUUGCCCCCAGCGGACGCUACCUGCUGCUCCACGGCACGUCGUACCAGGAUGCCUCCGUGGUAGUGAUGGCCGUGGUGGAUUUGCACGGAGGUCAGCCGGCCCCGUCCAACCCGCACGCCCGCAGCGGUCACGCGGUGCGCGUCAAGUCAUGCCGGUUGCUUCACGUGGACCCUGUGCUGUUCGGUAGCCGUCCCGGGCUGGUCCUGUACCAGGCUUCCUGGCAUCCGCACAGCGAGGAGCACCUUGUAUUACUGACAUCGGACAAUCGCCUGCGUCUGUACCGUGUAACACACAGCCUAGCGGUGGCAGAGCAGACGCUGCACGCGGUACUGGCUUCAGGGCCGACACCGCAGCGCUACGGCCUGGGCUCGACCGCCGCGUCCCCGGCGCUUCCCCUGAGCGCGAGCGGCGAGUCACCGGCCUCAACAGAUAUCGUGGCUUUUGGGUUCGGGCCAGCGGUCGGUUGGGGUCUGUUUUCGUACCUGCUGCUGGCUGCCGACGGUCUGGUGUACAGCUUGGGUCCAGUGGCGCCGUUCGGGAUGCGGUGCGCCUCAGUGUUGCUGGAGCGACUGGGGCAGGAGGAGACAGCGGCAGUGGAGUGGCUUGAGGCGGUCUUUGGGCCGGAAGCGGUGCAAAACACGUCUUCAAAGAACCGCUGGCAGGUGCUGCCGCACGUGGUGGAGGGCGUAUCACCGGCAGUUGUGGGCCCGCUGAAUGCAUCUACGCGCCAUGAGCUGCCGCGGAUGGCGCGCGCGGUCUCAUUGGCUGUCUCUCAUAUGCUCACCGCUGGCGCGGCUGGUGCAAGCGCGCCCUCCAGCGUCGGCACCGCCGUCGUAGGCUCCGCAGAAGGGCAGCUGCUUGCCUACGCCGUCGUAGGGCCCUGGGCUCCGGCCUGGUGUGAGUCCGCCCCGCAGUACAUGUCGGUCACUGGCACAGCCAGCGCUGCGCCUAGCGCCGUAAGAUAUAAAUGCACCCUAAAUGUUACCAGCAGGGGCGACGGAGCAGGUACAGGUACUGCUGCGGCAGUUACGACGCCCGGCAUGGUGCUCCUGGACGUCGUGGACCUGGGCCCCGUGCAGCCGCACCGGGUUGCGGGCAAAGGUGAUGGAGCCGCCGCGCCAGGCGAUGUGGAGGACGAGGAAGAGGAGGACGCGGACGACGACGAAUACAGCGUGUCAGCGUCGGCCGUGGCCGCAGCUCGACGGGCCAUGUCAAUUCACAUUCAGGCAGGCGUCACGGGCAGUGCCGCCGUGGUAGCUGGCCCUGGGGCUACGGCUACCGUGUGGGUUUGUCAGCGUCUAGCCGGGUGCUGGAGGGUCACCUUGCCGUGGAGCGGGAUGCUGGCGCAGUGGCUGGCGGAUGCGGCAGGGGCACCUCCUUCCCGGGGUGGUGAUGCUCUGCCAGCCGAACUUCCCGCUCCAGUGGUGACAUGCGUGUACGACGCGACGGCGGCAUCUCAGGUCUCAGCAACGCCGGCAGCACGUAGCACGGCGGCUGGCAGCAUGGCUGUGGUUGGCAGCAGCUUGCUGCUCAACCCGCUGCUGGGAGGAGGCUUGCUAGUCCUGACAGCAGAAGGUGUCCUGAACUACUUCCAGCCAGCCGGGGCAGCCUCAUUAUUAAUAGAGCAGCAGCAGCACCUGGCGGCUGCGGCAUCGCCCCACGAUGUCCAGCAGCAGCAGCAGGUUGCGAUGACAACCAGCACCCCUCUUCCACGCACGGCUGGGGCAAGUCCCGAGCAGCGCAAGGCGCAAGUGGAGGCACACAUCAAGUCAGUGUACGGCAACCUUAUUGUGCCCCCCCCAGACCGAAAGCUUCCUGGGCCGCCAUCAGGUGCCCCCAAGCCCCUCACCGUAGCCAGUACCGAAGGGCUCCGCCACUUGACCGACUGCAUAGCCGCGCUUCGGGGGAAACACAUGGCUUUCCUUCACGGGGCGGCUGUGGACCUGCAAAGCCGCGCCGACGCACUCCGAGUGGAGGCGGGAAAGCACGCGGCGGCGGUGGUAGAGCUAGCCGAGAUGGCAGCUGGGCUCGAGGGCCGACAGGAGUCUCUGGAGGCUCGUUUGAGCCGAGUGAAGCUGCUACAUGACAACUUAGUUGAGCGGGCAGGCAUGCUGGCUAGCCUACAUUGGUCGCUGCCCCGCGCAUUGUCACAUGCGGAGAUUGCAGCAAGCGAGGAAAUGCGCGGCGCGGAGGAGCGGGUCGGUUCCCUGCGCGCGCAAUGGGACGCCAUCUCGGCACGGGCACGACGUCUGUGCGAACAGCGGCGCAGUAGCGGCGCAGCAGUGGCUGGAGUGCGCAUGGCGAGCAUCCCGGAGUCCCAGCUGAAUAAGGUGCAAGACACGGUCAUGGCGCAAUACAGCGGCCUUGCCGCCGCUCGAGCGGCGCUGACCACCUUAGAGCGGCUGGCGGGCGCAGCGGCUAUGGAUCGGACGGCAGAACAGCUGGACAAGGGUCUGGGGCGAAUGGGACUUGCAGACUGGUCGUUAGCACCUGCCGUGUAG